AUGAUUGAUAAAGGAGUAGCAAGGCAGCAGCAACAUUUCUCAAUACAUGGAAUCCAUCAGAAUGGAGAUAUCAUUAUUGGUGGAUUGUUUCCUAUCCACUUCACGGUAACUUUACCUGAACUUGCCUACAAAACAAAACCUGAAAUGUUACAAUGUGAAGGUUUUAAUUUCAGAACAUUUCGAUGGUUACAAAUGAUGAUCUUCACCAUUGAACAAAUAAACAAAGAUCAAACACUACUUCCAAAUAUACGGUUAGGCUACAGCAUUUAUGAUAAUUGCCGUAAAGUACCACAGGCUGUCAGAGCAGCAGUCACACUUCUUAAUGGAAUAGAUAAUAUGUCCAAGAACUAUAAAUGCACAGGAUCAUCUCCCAUUGCUGCAAUUGUUGGUGAUGCUCGAUCAACGCAAUCCAUUAUUACGGGAAGAAUUGCAGGACAAUUCAGAAUUCCAAUGGUCAGCUACUCUUCUUCAUGCUCAUGUCUUAGCAACAAACUGGAGUUUCCCACCUUUUUCAGGACAAUACCUAGUGAUAGCUUUCAAGCCAAAGCUAUGGCCCAACUUGUGAAGCAUUUUGGAUGGACUUGGGUUGGGUCUAUUGCAACUCAAGAUGAUUACGGACAAUAUUUAGUUCAGUUAUUUAAUGAACAGAUUCAAAAUUAUGGUGUAUGUCUUGCUUUUACUGAAGUAAUUCCAAAAAUUCCAUCCAGACGUAAGAUACUUCAGAUUGUAGACACCAUCAAAAGAUCCACAGCCAAGGUUAUUGCAUUGUUUGCUGGUGUAGGAGAUAUUAUUUAUUUAGCCAAUGAAGUGGUGCGUCAGAAUAUUACUAGUAUGCAGUGGAUAGCAAGUGAAACUUGGAGUACUGCAGCACUGCUAGCAACAAAAACAAACUUUAGAUCCUUUGGUGGAACAAUAGGUUUUGCUUUCCGUAAAGCAGAAAUUCCACAGUUCAAAGAAUUUCUUCUAAAGGUGCGUCCAUCUUUAACCCCAUGUACAGGACAAGAAGACAUAGAGGAAAUAGAUAGUGUAUAUAGUGAUGUGUCACAGUUGAGAGUUUCGUAUAAUGUCUACAAAGCAGUGUAUGCAAUAGCUCAUGCACUUCAUAAUUUGGAAACCUGCGAACCUGACAAAGGACCAUUUCUGAACAAAACUUGCGCAAACAUUUCACACUUUGAGCCAUGGCAACUUCUCCAUUAUCUAAAAGAAGUUAACUUUACAAAUGAUUUCGGUGAAAAAGUACACUUUGACGAAAAUGGUGAUCCCAUUGCAUCAUAUGAUAUUAUGAAUUGGCAAAUGGAUGCAGAUGGCUCUGUAAAAAUUGUUACUGUUGGCCUUUUUGAUGCAUCGGCAACCUCUGGGCAAGAGCUUUUAAUUGAUGAAGACAGUAUUAUUUUUUGUGAUGGGUCAACAAAGAUUCCAAGAUCUAUAUGCAGUGAAAAUUGCCCUCCUGGUACAAGGAAAGCAGCACGAAAAGGACAACCAAUGUGUUGUUUUGACUGUUUACAAUGUGCUGAGGGGGAAAUCAGCAAUCAGACAGAUUCCGUACACUGUUUCACGUGUCCCAUAGAUUAUUGGCCAAAUCAAGAACACGAUCAGUGUGUACUGAAGGAAAUAGAAUUUCUAUCAUUUGAAGACAUACUGGGCAUUAUUUUAACAACCAUUGCAUUGUUUGGAACUGGCAUAACCAUUGUAAUGUUAGUUAUUUUUAUCCAUUAUCGAAAUACUCCUGUUGUAAGAGCUAAUAAUGUAGAGUUGAGUUUUCUUUUGUUAAUUUCAUUAGUUUUGUGCUUUCUGUGUUCACUGACUUUCAUUGGCCAACCAACCACCUGGUCCUGUAUAUUACGACACACCGUGUUUGGAAUUAGUUUUGCCUUGUGUGUUUCCUGCAUUCUUGGAAAAACAAUUGUUGUGUUAAUGGCAUUUAGUGCUACACUUCCCAACAAUAACAUGAUGAAAUACUUUGGGCCUCUACAGCAAAGAGCCAGUGUUUUUGCAUGUACUUUUCUUCAAAUUAUAAUAUGCAUUUUAUGGCUUGCCAUCUCACCUCCAGUUCCAGUAAAGAAUACAAAGUAUCAAAGUGCAAAAAUAAUACUUGAAUGUGAUGUUGGCUCUGCAACCGCAUUCUGGUGUAUGUUGGGAUAUAUUGGCUUGCUGGCAGGUACUUCAAUCAUACUAGCAUUUCUAGCACGGAAACUGCCAGACAACUUUAAUGAAGCCAAGUUCAUCACCUUUAGUAUGUUAACUUUUUCUGCAGUUUGGGUAACUUUCAUUCCAGCUUACAUUAGCUCACCUGGAAAAUAUACAGUAGCUGUUGAAAUAUUUGCAAUUUUGUCUUCCAGCUUUGGUCUGGCUGCCUGUAAUUUUGUUCCUAAAUGCUACAUUAUUUUGAUAAAACCAGAUCAAAAUACAAAAAAACAUCUGAUGGGGAGAGCGGUUGCAGCCAGUACAUAAAUUAUGCAAACUAUAAAUCAUUUGUUAAAUGCUAAAUGGCCAAUGUAUCUUUUAUUCUGUCCUUAUUAGGAAAAAGUGUCUGGUAUCAUUCGUAAAUUUUCAAAAGUUGCUUCUGUUAAAAAACUGUAUUUAGAUUUAAAUAUUAAAAGAUAUGCAUCACUGUGAUUCCUUAAAUCAAUAAAAGAAUAAUAUAAUUCUUUGCUCAUUUGUGGUACUCUGUCCUGUCUGCCAAAAGUCAUCAGCUCACACUUUGCUAUUAAACUCCAUAUGUUAUCUAAGGGGCUUACUAUUGUUAACUGUCCUUCCAGAUUACAUUUUAGUAUGAGAUAUUAGGCAAUAUGGAAAUUCUGACUGUAUGAUGGUGAGAAAUAUUACUGAUAGCAUUUUAAAAUUAUAAUACUACCUUUAACACUUAAUAUUACUUAAUUACAUACCCUUUCAACUUACAGUAGCUCUUCCUCAUCAUAAUCAAUUAUCUGUGCUGGAAGAACAGUUCUAUGGGUGUCUGUUGACAUAGUCAAGUUCAGCUUAGCCAUUUUCUCUACGGUUGCCGACUUUUGUUGACAAAGCUAAUGUAUGAAUAACGGUGUAGUACACUGCAAGAUCUGAGCAUUUUGUUACAUUGUCUUCCGGCUGCCAUCUCUUUGGGGAGUGUAGAUAUUGCGUAGUUAAAUAAGGUUGUCUGAAAUACACCACAAAUGACCCUUCAUGCAAUUCAGUGGGCUAACCAGUUGUUAUAGGAGGAGAAAGGCAGAUGCUGGAGAUCAGAGCUGAAAAUGUGUUGCUGGAAAAGCACAGCAGGUCAGGCAGCA